CUUCUCCUGCAGCGACGGCGGUGGGCCUCAGUUUCGCGACCGAGGCUGUUGGCAGCAGCCAGCUUGUCAAGCCAGCCCACUGGCGAGCGCUCUUGCCUCCCGCGCUGCUCAUUGGCCCUCGCCGCUCAAGUCUCCCUACUGAUCCGUUUCGCUGGUUACGCGAGCUCUCUUCUUCGUCGCUCGUUGUUCGCAAUCGCCCCCCCUUCCCCUCCAGCGAGCGUCAUACCGUCUGCAAUUCCGGGAGAUGUGCGCAUGGGCAAACCCCCCUCAGUGCCAACGGCCCAUCGUCCAUGGCUCGGAGAAAAUCUGCGGCGGCCGUUUGCGGCACUCGGCUGGAGCAAACAUACAUACAGGCUGAAGGCAUUCGCAGCCAACUCAGUCAUCCCACCCAUCCACGGGCGCCUCCAGGCUAGGAGAGCUACCGUCGACACAUGUGGCUCAACCGUCUGGCGUCGGUGGAGAGUUUGCAGAGGCAAGAGACGGCCGGGGCCCUGGCCGCCGCCGCUCCCACAGGACUCGGACGCGCCCGAGCUCCUUUCCGACUCAAAAGCCAACCCUCCCCACACCUCCACUCCUGCUGUUGGCGAGCUAAAUACUAGCAACACGGCGUGUCUGUCGUUCGCUGUUCGCUCCUGUGCCCCUGAGUUGCCCGUCAACCGCGCGGGACGAGCAUGCCAUGGCUUCCUAUGCCAUAUUUACCAUCAAGCCCGGCCCAAUGGCCCUGGGAAAGAGGCGCAGCCUGCCUUUGUCAUGAUUCAACACCGUACCUUGCAGCCCACCAACCCUCUUGGUGCUGGUGCUACUCGACAAACUCAAAAGUGUCCCACCAUGGUCGCAGUCAACCCAUUUCGGCGUAACAUCGAUUGCCACCUAGCUGCUUUGGUUCUCUGCUCAAGCCGUUUGUUUCUCGUUUGCCCACCUGCAGCACGCGAAUACGUGAAGCUAACCAACUAA